GCGGGAGCGGCGGCGGCUGCUCCGUCACGGGAAGGGCGGAACGCGGCGGCGGCGCCGGUUUCCUCCGUCGCGUCUCGGCGACUGCAGYGCCCGCGGCCGGGCUCGCCGGUGGCCCGGGCGGUGGAGGAGGGAUGGCGUACUUCGUGGAGAGCUUCUGGGGAGAAAGGAACAAUGGCUUUGAUGUCCUCUAYCACAAUAUGAAACAUGGACAUUUGUCAACWAAGGACUUAGCAGAUUUUAUCAGAGAAAGGGCUACAAUAGAGGAGACAUAUUCCAGGUCAAUGACAAAACUAGCCAAAUCAGCAAGCAAUUACACACAACUUGGAACAUUUGCACCAGUUUGGGAUGUUUUCAAAACCUCAACAGAAAAACUAGCAAGUUGUCACUUGGAUCUUGUGCGGAGAUUACAAGAACUAAUAAAAGAGGUUCACAAGUAUGGAGAUGAACAGAUCAAAGCUUAUAAAAAGACUAAAGAAGACGUUUCAGGAACUUUGGAAGCAGUGCAAAGUAUUCAAAGUAUCACUCAAGCCUUGCAAAAAUCAAAAGAAAACUACAAUGCAAAGUGUAUGGAACAAGAACGCUUGAAGAAGGAAGGAGCAACACAGAGAGAAAUUGAAAAGGCAGCAGUCAAAUCUAAAAAAGCAACAGAUACCUAUAAACUGUAUGUGGAGAAGUAUGCUGCAUUUAAAUCUGAUUUUGAACUGAAAAUGACAGAAACGGCACAGAAAUUUCAAGACAUAGAAGAAAUGCACCUUCUUCGUAUGAAGGAGAUUAUACAGUCAUUGUCAAAUACCAUAAAAGAAAUUCAUUUACAAAUAGGAGAGGUGCAUGAAGAGUUUAUUAAUAACAUGACAAAUACUACAGUUGAGAGUUUAAUACAGAAAUUUGCUGAGUCAAAAGGAACUGGCAAGGAAAGACCUGGGCCUAUUGAAUUUGAAGAAUGUAACACAUCCAGUGUUUCUGAAGGAAUAAAACCACGGAAAAGGAAGCCUUUUGGUUUAUCAGGAAUAAUGAAAAAAGAAAAAGAUACUGAAUCUGUGGAGUGUCCAGAUGCAGACUCAGUUAACUUCCCUGAUGUAGAUGAUGAAGGAUACAGCAUUAAACCAGAAGCAACACAGGAUACCAAAGAGAACCAUUUCUAUUCAUCCAGUGAUUCUGACUCUGAAGAUGAUGAACCCAGGAGGUUCCAUGUGGAAAUAAAACCUGUCCAGCCAAAUAACAGCUCUCAAUACACUAUGCCUUCUUUGGAUGAAUUAAAAGUAUCUAUAGGGAACAUCACUCUUUCUCCAGCAAYAUCUCAGAGACACAGUCCUGCACAAAUGAAUCAAAAUUCAUCCAGUGAAGAGUUAACAAAAUCAAAACUCUCUGCUGCAACUAAUGAAAAGGGGAACAGUGACUUCCUGGCAUGGGAUCCACUCUUCACCACUUCUCUUGAUUCUUCCUCUUCAGCUUCCUUGGCAUCCUCAUCCUCCUCAGUGAGGCCCACCACUCCUCUUUCUAUGGGCACUAUUGUACCCCCUCCAAGGCCUGCUUCAAGACCAAAGCUGUCUACUGGGAAACUUAGUGGGAUUAAUGAAAUACCUAGGCCAUUCAGCCCUCCGUUGACCUCUAACUCAAGUCCACCUCCAGCAGCUCCUCUGGCACGUGCAGAGAGCAUUUCCUCUAUAUCCUCUUCUGCUUCCCUCAGUGCAGCAAACACACCUACAGUUGGUGUUUCACGUGGUCCCAGCCCCGUCAGCCUUGGAAACCAGGACACCUUGCCUGUUGCAGUAGCCCUUACUGAAUCUGUUAACGCCUACUUUAAAGGAGCAGAUCCCACAAAAUGUAUUGUGAAGAUUACUGGUGAUAUGACAGUAUCAUUCCCAAGUGGGAUUAUUAAAGUCUUCACCAGCAACCCAUCUCCUGCUGUGCUCUGCUUCAGAGUGAAAAACACAAGCAAAUUGGAGCAGAUUCUUCCAAAUGCRCAACUUGUAUACAGUGACCAGUCACAAAGUGACUCCAGUACUAAGGAUUUCUGGAUGAACAUGCAAGCUAUAACUGUCUACCUCAAGAAACUAUCAGAGCAGAAUCCAUCUGCAUCCUAUUACAAUGUGGAUGUUUUAAAGUAUCAGGUAUCUUCAAAUGGAAUACAGUCCACUCCCUUGAAUCUUGCAACUUACUGGAAAUGUGAUGCUAGCACUACUGAUGUGAGAGUGGAUUAUAAAUAUAAUCCCGAGUCUAUGAAUGUGCCUAGUAUGCUAUCUAAUGUCCAGGUUGUGGUACCAGUAGAUGGAGGAGUAAUAAACAUGCAGUCACUUCCACCUGCAAAAUGGAGUGCAGACCAGAUGAAAGCAUAUUGGAAAAUAUCUAGCAUUUCAGAGAAGUCUGAAAAUGGAGGUUCUGGAUCCCUCAGGGCAAAAUUUGAGCUUUCAGGAGGACCCAGUAAACCAGCAACACUUGCAGUGCAAUUCAUCAGCGAAGGAAGCACCCUUUCAGGAGUGGAUGUGGAACUCGUGGGCACUGGCUAUCGGCUUUCCCUUCUUAAGAAGAGAUUUGCCACUGGACGGUAUAUGGCAGACUGUUGAUGUACCUGUGAAAGUCGUCGGAUCAGGAGUGCAGGAAACCCACUCUGCCCUCUCUACUUUUCAAACACUAUUUUAACAUGCAUUAAUUUUUCCAAAAUGUUGACCUGCUUUGAGGCUAAACUACAGAAAGUAAAUGCACUUUUAACAGUCAUUUAGAAAACUUUUUAUAACUUUACAAUAGCACUGAAGUUAACUUCAACACUGUCUGUAAAUUAUCAAUUGCAAUACUUGGGAAAAUUUGUUAAAAAUUUAGUAACUUCAUAUAGAUGAAGUCAAAAUAGUAAUCCACAGUUGUAAUGAAAGUAUAAAAUAUUAUGUUGUACUGUAAACAUUAAACCUAAAAUGUAGGAAAGCAAGUAAGAAAUAUUGGAGCUUUUCAUAAGUAAUACUCAUUUUUCAGAUUCUUUAAUUGCCAGCUUUUAAUUGACAUUUUUUUAAAGAUAGGAGAGGCUAAGUCUCAUGUAAUUCUUCUAUCCAUUUAUGCCACAAGACCAGCUGGGUUAGAGAUGUAUAAAAGUAACUUCAUGCCCAUGUAUCAUAUAUAAUUAAAAUGUAGGUUGUUUUAUAUAGGGUUUUUUUUAACUAAGUGCAAUGUGUUACAAAUUGCAAAACACGGCAGAGAUUUAAUUCUGCCAUUAGUAAAUUUUUUUGGCCUUGUGAUUGUUUGAGUUAAUGCAGUAGAUUUAAUUUAUUUUUAUAUUAAUUGCUUAACAUUUGUGCCUUUCAAAAAAGCCUGUGCCUAUCUAAUUUGAUACUUAUGUGCCUCACUUCCUUUUUCAAAGUUUGGCUCUUCAUCAAGAAAGCAUGGUGUUUUUAUUAUAGACACAACUUUAUAAAAAUUCUCUUCACUGCAGUUUAUUUAGAAGGCAGGUUUGCAGAAACUGUAGUUUGUUUUCAAAGAAAUUUAAAAUACUGAAUUACUUCCUUGUGGAAUAAUUGCAAUAGAAUGUGGCUUUAGAAAAGGGAGAUCCAUCAUGCAGGACUUGGAAACUUUCAUUAGGUAACUUUAAUGUCACCAAAGAGGAGAAUCUGAAAAAUCAGAGAAGAUAGGAAAAACAAACUUGUAAAAGCAAACAGUGAUAACUUUCACUUUGGCUAUAAGUCUUCAGACUUCGAGUGGUUUUGGGGAUGUGUGAUGUGAAUGUACAUUUAGUACUUCAGGAGGCAUUUUAAAAGGGUAUUUUAUUACAACAGGAUGUCAAAUCCUGUCAUGUGUUUAUUUUUUUCUGUAACUACCAAUUUUAAUAUUUGUACUGUCAUCUAAUCUGCUUGCUACAGCCUAAGCAYGGGGAUGUGACACAUCAGUAACAACUUUUUUAAGCAAGUCUCUAAUUUAGAAAAUAUUUUAUGUAGUUGUAUUACCAAGUUGGUUUUUUAAAUGCUCAAAUCAUAAGCAUUGGAGCAAAAUAAUUAAAUAACCUGCAUAUGAGAAUUUCAAAUGAACAUUUAACAUACUGGUGUUGAUUUCAAAUUAUCUGUUAAAAYAUUAAAACAUGUUAGAGUUAAUUCAUGCAAAGCUAGUAAUGAAUUGAAAUGCUGAAACUUUACAAGAAAUUAUGCCUUUGUAGAGGCUGCAUAAAUUCUAGUGUAUACUAGACACCUUUGCAGGUGAGCGUUUCAUUGUUACUAAGAACAUACUGUACCAUAAAUUUAAUUGGAAGAGUGUAUUUGGCUCCUAAGUUGCUAAUCUUAUGGUAAAUUUAUUACUUAUAAAAUGGUACAGUCUUUUUAUUGGAAUUUUAAUUGUAACCUGCUUUACAAUCAAACUGAUUAACACAACAAUACCUUAUUAAUGAACACCCAAACCUMUUAUUGCUAUUUUUAAUCAUGUAUUACACUAAUUUCUAAGUUAAAUGAAGUAGUUAAUGUUUCAGCACUUUUAAUCUAGCCUUCAUUCAGGUGUUUUUCAUACAUUUGCAUUGGGUGCAGGUUACAAUUUUGAAGCCAUACACRUUUAUAUAGACAUUUUGUAAAGAAACUCAAAAACAAUGUAAAAAGUACAUGUAGCUAUCUGAUAUUAAAAAAAAAGAAAAAAGUAUGUAGCAAGCUGGUUCUUGCUUGUGUAUACAGCAAUAUCCCUUGUAGCUGCCUCCUAAGAAAAUUAAUUUUUAAACACAACUCUAAACGAUCUGAAUUUUUAUGAAUUGUUACUACGUCAGACUGUAAAUUAGAGCACACAAGUUUAUCUUACAAAAAUUGUAAAUAUUUCUGAAUUUUCAUAAAAUGUAAAUUUUUUAAAUUUGCAUCCAUAAUAAACAUGUAAUAUAUAAUUUAAAUACUGAUUUAUAUUGCCUGUACUUUUGCAGUUAAUUCCACAGAUCUUCUGAGCAUUAAAGUAAUAGAUCAAAAGCAUGCCUAUGCCUAUAUUGAACAUUUUAAAAGUGUUGAUUGAUUUUUAAGUAAGAGAGGGUAGAAUCAUGAUGAACUCUUUUGUAUAUUUAAAAAUAGGACAGAGAAGGUGGAUGGAAAGAUGACUUCUCCAAAAUGUUUCAUCUUUACUAAACUAGAAUGUCUGAGACAUCUGUAGUGACCUAUGCCUUUGUUAAAUUGAUACACUUCACUAAUAGAUUAGGCAAAACUGUGAAUAUGUUUAUGAGAAAAAUCUUGUCUUGUAGACAUGAGCUGCUCUCCGUAAAAGUGCUMUGAAAUGCUGUUCAUUCCCCAUCUUCCUUAAUAAGCCUAUAUCUGUUGUGUAUGCAGGAGAAGAAUUAAUGACAAGAUUAAAGUAGUUUUUUCUGAUUUUUAACGUUCCACAAGUCAAAAAGAGAAGACAAUCUAGUACUACUUCAGCAGUCUGUAUGGUAUAGACCUUCUAAGCUUUAAGCAUAGAAAAUAAGUUGAAACUAAAAAAAUGUUUUUGAAUCUGUUUGUUUAUUACUAAUCCCAAGGCCUGUAGAAGUUUAGUUAGCAAUGACUUACUAAAUUCACUUUCUCAGCUGGUUUCAUAUCACUGCAGUAGAGGUACCAUUCUUGUCACGCAGGAAAGCAGUAGUCCAAGGGGUUGAUUCUUAUCUUCUGCUGGUAAGCAGGAAUGAAGAAUGCAAAUGUUCGGUGGCCAGAUUGAAUGGUCCAUCUAAUGUGGUAUUCUGUCUUCAACACUGGCCGGAGAAUAGGCUAGAGCCUUGGAGAGCUCAUGUGUCAUUUGCUUCUGCUUCCCCAGAAGCAGAACCUUAGUUAUUGGUUAGGGAUGUAAAUAGGUGCUGUCCAGUUCUUCUGUAUUCAUUGAACUUAAAGUGUAAUAAUUCUGACAGAGGCUGUUCUGGCACUUGUGUUAACACUUGUACCCAUGUGCUGCUCACAACUGCUACAAACUGGAUCACUACUGUCGAAGCAGGUUUGUGAUUAUCGAAGUACACAAUCAGGUCAUUUUUCAGUAAAACCUAUCUCUACCACUGCCAAAUAAUAUUUACUUAAGGUAUUUGAAGGAGCUAAGGUAUUUGAUUAUGAACUGGAACAGCAUGCAAGUUACAACUGUGGUGAGUUUUUCUGUCUAACUAAAAAGAAAGAUCUUGCAUCAUGCCGAAAAGGAUUACAUUUCAAGUCUUGUAUGUGUGCAGAGCUUAAGACAUACAGAUGUUAAGAUACCUAUCUUUUUCCAUUUCAGUUACUAUGAAAAGGAAAUUAUACUUAAGAGCAUACAAAAAAAAAAGGUCAGGAAUUCCUUCAAGCAUAUCGUAAGCUAAAAACAGUUCAAGGCACUAAAGCAGCAGAUAACAUAUCUACUGUUGAGGUGCCUUUGAUUGGACUGAUUACCAAGUCUCUCAACUGAAAAAUUAAUGUUUAUCUUUAACUCUAUAUAUUAUUACAUCACUAAAUAUUCCUCCUCAGCUCAGUUUGACUUGCACGUUCCCUAACGUUUAUUUUUGAGUUCUCCCUUAGCUCAUUCAAUAACCAAUAUAAGGCAUACAGUCUUAAAAGAAUAAAAUUAUCUUAAAACUUAAAAGGCCUCUUCUGAAUUACUCAUUGAACAUUUAAUACUCUUAAUUCUGCAUUUUCUGUAAAAGGCUUUUUCCACUUCCUUUGGAAUCCAUUCUUUCUGUUUUUUAAAU